AUGCUAGAGCUGCACAGUUUAAUUUUAUACAACUUUCUACAAAUGGCUAAGUUAAGUCAUAUCUUAAUAUUGCACUGCUGGUCUAUGGACUCACUCUUGCACUUGGCACAGAUGACACAAAAUACAAAUGCUUUUAUCCAGUUUGAACAAUUAAACCCAGACUUUCUACCAACUAACUUACUUAAUAAUCAAAUACUUAAGUUGGGCGUUUUUUUGGACCUCAAUUGCAAUGAUAGUGAAGUUGUUUUGAAUGAGGCUAGUGCAAGGCGUCUUUUUAGCCAUCAUUAUCAUUGGCUUGUCUACGAUCGAUCUUUAAAUUUUUCUCGCUUCAAAAAGACUCAACUCUAUAUUGAUGCUGACCUUACUUAUUCAACAAAUAAUCUUUCCAAUGGGAACUUUAUACUCUAUGAUCUCUACAAUAAGGGACUACAGCUAGGAGGAGAGUUGAAUGUAACCGCAGAUCGAGAAAUUUCAUGUAAUAAGCAAGAAUGUCGUGUCGAGAGAUAUCUUAGUGAUUUAUAUACCAGGAGUUCUCUGCAGCACAGAAAGUCAUUUACUGGACUGACUAUGAGAGCCACUGGUGUGAUCAAUGCUCUGCCUUUGAACUCCUCUAAAAAGGAUAUAUUUGCUUUUCUAGAGUCCCAGGAUCAAAUUCACUUGGAUACCUAUGCCCGUUUUGGUUACCAGUCCCGUCAACCCCUAAGGGAAAUGUUGGACUGCAAAUUUAAGUACACCAUAAGAGAUCGCUGGACAGAUGGCAAUGUUACUGGCGGCAUGAUUGGCGACCUUAUUAACGGCCUGGCGGAUAUAUCAGUAGCCCCUUUUAUUUAUUCCCUUGAUAGGGGCAUCUUUCUGCAGCCACUCACCAAGUUCACCGUGUUCCGGGAAAUCUGCAUCUUUCGUAACCCCCGAUCCGUGUCCGCUGGGCUAAGUGCAACCGAGUUCCUGCAGCCCUUCAGCGGAGGAGUCUGGCUAACAUUUGCCCUAUUACUCAUGCUAGCUGGUUGCCUGCUCUGGAUCACCUUUAUGGUGGAGCGCCGUCAGAAAUGGAAACCUUCGCUACUGACCAGUUGCCUGUUAUCCUUCGGGGCUGGUUGCAUUCAGGGAGCCUGGCUUACUCCCAGGUCGACGGGCGGACGAAUGGGCUUCUUUGCCUUGAUGGUGACCUCAUUUCUCAUGUACAACUACUACACCUCGAUUGUGGUGUCCAAGCUGCUGGGACAGCCGGUGAGAUCCAACAUCCGGACAGUGCAGCAGUUGGCGGACAGCAGCCUGGAGGUUGGAAUCGAACCAAAUGUUUACACCCGCGUCUUUAUAGAGACCUCCGAGGAAAAGAGUGUUCGUAGUUUGUAUUUAAAAAAGGUGGCUGGAAGCAAACGCUCACCGGAUCAGAUUUGGUUGUCCACCGAGGUUGGAGUGCAAGCUGUUAGGGAUUAUGUGGGGUUUGUAUAUAUAACCGGUGUGGCUACUGGCUAUGAGUUUGUAAGGAAGUACUUUUUGCCCCACCAAAUCUGCGAGCUCAAUGAGAUUUCUUUGCGCGAUGCCACGCACACUCAGACCCACACGGUGGCGGUGAAGGGUUCGCCAUAUGCAGAGUUAUUUAAGUUAAAUGACCUACGCAUGAUGGAGACCGGUGUACAUAUCAAGCACGAACGCUAUUGGAUGAGAACCAAGUUGCAUUGCUACCAGCACAAUCACACGGUAGCUGUGGGUCUGGAGUAUGCCGCUCCCCUGUUCAUCCUGUUGCUAGGUGCUAUGAUUUUCUGUGUGGGCGUGCUGGUACUGGAGGUCAUCUGGCACCGUGUGGGAAAGAGGGAGAGAGGGCGCUGGAGUAAAUGUUGUUUACAGGGAACUGCAUAA